GAAAUAUUUUUUUCUCAAGGUCAAGAAAAAAGGGUCAUGGACAACAUCUCGGAGUUUCUACAGGCCAUUCAUAUUGGUGCAGCCGUUGCUACUUUUCUUUUCAACAAUGGACGUAUUGUAAAAGCGGUGGACAUCUUUAACGAAUGUUUGGUGCUCCUUAACGGUAAAGCCCUAGAAACAAUUAAAGAACUUACCACACCACUUAUUAUCUAUGUAUACCAUAAACUUCUUGAUGGCUAUACUCUUAUGCACGAUCACACCCGUGCAAUAGAAUGUGGUAAAAAGCUUCACGUGACACUACACAAUAGUGGUCAAAAAGAAGAAGAAGGGAUGAUAUUACUAAAACUAGCCGACAUCUACUUUCAAAGAAGCAAAUACGAGGAAGCCAAACAGUGUUGCGAAAAGGCACUCAGCAUCCUGAUUGAGACAGGAAACGAUCACGGAGUUGGAAUAUGUUACGGAAAUCUGGGAGCUGUGUUCCAAUCUGUUGGUCAAUAUACCAAGGCUGAAGAAUACCUUCAAAAGGCACUAGUGAUCAGCAAAAAAAUCGGUGACAAACAUAAAGAAGCAUCUACUUACGGAAAUCUAGGAGUUGUGUUCCAAUCCGUUGGUCAAUAUACCAAGGCUGAAGAAUACCUUCAAAAAGCACUGAUGAUCCUGAAAGUAAUCGGUGACAAAAAAGGAGAAGCAUCUAUUUAUGGAAAUCUAGGUGCUGUGUUCCGAUCAGUCGGUCAAUAUACCAAGGCUGAAGAAUACCUUCAAAAAGCACUAGUGAUCAGGAAAGAAAUUGGUGACAAACAAGGAGAAGCAUCAGAUUACGUAAAUCUAGGAACUGUGUUCCUAUCUGUUGCUCAGUAUAAAAAGGCUCAAGAAUACCUUCAAAAAGCACUAGUGAUCCAGAAAGUAAUCGGUGACAAAGAAGGAGAAGCAUCUGCUUACGGAAAUCUGGGAAUCCUGUGCCGAUCUGUUGGUCAAUAUACCAAGGCUCAAGAAUACCUUCAAAAAGCACUAGUGAUCGAGAAAGAAAUUGGUGUCACAGAGGGAGAAGCAUCAUAUUACGGAAAUCUAGGAACUCUGUUCCUAUGCGUUGGUCAAUAUACCAAGGCUGAAGAAUACCUUCAAAAAGCACUGACGAUUUACGAGGAAAUCGGAGACAAACGUAGUGUUGGAGCUUCAUACUUAAAUCUGGGAAACCUUUGUCGAGAAUUUCAGCUUAAUGCGAAGAGUCAAGAAUAUGCUAAUAAAGCACUUGAGAUAAGUUACGAAAUAGGAGACUUUGAAAUGCAGUUUAAGAGCCACCUUUCCAUUGCUCUGAACGUGUUAGCGGCAGGAGGAAGCAUAAAUGAAGUACGGCGAAAUCUGUAUGAAAGCAUUCUGAAGUGCGAAGAAAUGCAUGAUUUUUUAAGAGUGAAAGAUCAAUUCAAAAUUUCUUUUUUUGAUGAGCAUGUGUCCCCUUACCUUAUUCUUUGUACGUUGUUGAUUGCUACAGGUGAUUAUCAUGAAGCCCUUUACGUUGCCGAGCUUGGACGGUCCAGAGAACUGACAGACGUACUGUCAGAUAAAUACUCUGUGGAAAAAGAGGUAUCAGUGAACCCACAGUCAUGGAUUGGUAUUGAAAAUAUCAUGAACAAAAAUGCACUUAGUUCUUGUCUUCAUGUUUCCUGCUUUAUAGAUCAUAUGCACUUUUGGAUCCUCAAGCCAAACAAAAUGACAGUUUUUCGACAAACGAGACUCAAAGAAAAUGCAGAUAAAGUGUUUGGAAGUAAGAAAUUUGGUAGCUCUCCUGAUUUACGUCAAGACCAAUGCGAAGAUCGAUCAUUGUUUUCAUGUGUAAGCUCCCCGCCAUCAUGCAAACCAUCUCAGGGUGACAGCUUCGAAUCUCUGCGUCUUAUGGUAGAAGAGGAAGACGAAAAUCACGACUCUAAACCUUUAACCCUUGCUGAUGGUUACAACAUGAUAGUCGCUCCUGUUGCUGACUUACUCCAAGAAUCAGAAAUCAUUAUUGUACCGGAUAACUUGUUGUAUCCAAUUCCUUUUGCUGCUUUAAUGGAUGAUAAUGGAAAGUAUUUAUCGGAUACUUUCAGGAUUCGUAUUGUCCCUUCCUUGACGACUCUUAAGUUGAUUCAGCUCAGUCCAACAGACUACCAUAGUAAAACCGGUGCACUGAUCGUAGGAGAGCCAGACGUUAGUGAUGUCUACUACCAAGGAAAACUUCUCCAGUUAAACUCACUGCCUUGGGCGAGAGAAGAAGCAGAGAUGAUUGGGCGACUGCUCGGUGUUCAACCGUUGCUUGGAAGGAAUGCAAAUAAGCAGGCAGUCCUGGACAGCAUGCAUUCAGUAAGUCUCAUUCACUUCGCUGCUCAUGGUUAUGCUGAACGUGGAGAAAUAGCUCUCUCCCCUGUAACCUUCUGCGGAACUCCACACGAAGAAGACUACUUAUUGACGAUGGCUGAAAUUUCACAAGUUCGACUAACAGCCAAGCUGGUUGUCCUUAGCUGCUGUCAUAGUGCACGUGGUCAGGUAAGGGCUGAGGGAAUUGUUGGAAUCGCACGAGCAUUUCUAGCAUCGGGUGCACGCGCCGUGUUGGCGGCACAGUGGGCUGUAGAGGACGAAGCUACUAUGUGGUUUAUGAAUCAUUUUUACGAGCACCUUGUUCGUGGUGAAAGCGCCAGUGAAUCUCUUCACCAGGCCAUGAAGUCGAUGAGAGAGAAUCGCUUUUCUGACGUCAUGCAGUGGGCACCCUUUAUGCUGAUUGGAGAUGAUGUAACAUUCAAAAGUUUGUAUUUGAUAUUUAUAAUUUUUAGGUUUUUCUAG